AAAACGACAAAUCCCGGAAAUGCUGUUGUGUUUACAGCCUCAUGAAGCCGUCGGUGAUAUCGAUGCAGUGCUCAUGGUGGAGAGACUGACACAGUCCGUGGUUCCUCAUGAGAGCACCGUCAACAUCUGGUCCAGCCUCAGACUGUCGUUAAUAACCAGCACAGAGCUUCACAUGUUCGAGUCCCCUUAAACUGCGGUCGGACAGGACAGGGUGCAGGGUGAUUGACAUGUUGCCUGUGGUGGUGGUCCAUGGAGGGGCGGGUCAUAUCCCAAAGGAGCGGUCGGAGAGGUCCACUUCAGGGGUGUGCUCAGCAGUCCGAGCAGGGUACGCCAUCCUCCGGGGAGGGGGCAGCAGCAUGGAUGCAGUGGUGGAGGCUGUGUCCCAGCUGGAGAAUAAUCCCUCCUUCAAUGCAGGGUGUGGCUCAGUGCUGAACGUCAAAGGGGAGGUAGAGAUGGAUGCUAUCGUGAUGGAUGGGAAGACACUGGGAAGUGGUGCAGUCUCUGCUGUACGCAACAUAGCCAACCCUGUUCAGCUAGCACGACUGGUUAUGGACAAGACCAGCCACGCGUGUCUGACAGCAGAGGGCGCCAGUCAGUUCGCCCGUGCCAUGGGUGUCCCUGAGGUCCCCCUGGAGUCCCUCAUCACAGAGUACUCCCGUAUGCGCUGGAAAAAGAACUUGGCUCCCGAUGCCAACCCUGUGGAGAGCCAAAUGGGGAAGAUGGGCACAGUCGGAGCUGUGGCAGUGGAUAGCGAGGGAAACAUAGCCUGUGCAACAUCCACCGGUGGAAUGCUGAACAAGAUGGAGGGAAGGGUGGGCGACACACCCUGCAUAGGCUCUGGGGGUUAUGCUGACAACCAGACGGGAGCAGUGUCAACAACGGGCCACGGAGAAACCAUCAUGAAAGUUACUCUGGCAAGACUCAUCCUGUUCCACAUGGAACAAGGUCAGUCAGUGGAGGCCGCUAGUGACUUGGGCCUGGCCUACAUGAAGACCAGAGUGGGUGGUCUGGGUGGGGUGGUGACUGUGGACCCCCAGGGCAACUGGGCCGCCCGCUUCUCCAGCCUGCAAAUGGCCUGGGCUGCAGCUCAGAAAGACACCCUGCACUAUGGCCUGUACACCGGGGAACACUUUACGCAGAGCAUCGACAAUCCACAGUGACACAAAAAUACAACACGUUGGUUUUAGCAUUUUCUAAAUCCUUGUGUUUAUUGACAAAAAUAAAUCAUUUAGAUUAAUGCUCAUGUAAAUAAUUAGGUUAGGUUUACUGAUAAACAGCGGUAUUGAUUAUAACUACACUCCACUUACCUCACAUAUGGAUACAUGUAAAGUGAGUAGUGAGAACACAGUUAUUUCUGUUGAUUGGUUAGUAGAACUUAUUGAAGAAACAUGCAGAGAAACUGGUGAAGUUAUCUACAGACUCUCACCUGAUCAUUAAAACAGACAUCGACAGGAAUGUAUGGAAACUCAUGAGACUUCCAGAUAAAGUUAGAUGAUCAUCUGUAUGUAAAGAUGGACGACAUGUGUCCACUUCCUCCAACUAUUCAGAAAUGAACAAACUUAUCAGUCUGCUGUGGAGCUCACUGAACUGGAGCAGGAGCUGUGUCACACCGGAACUACUUUGUCACAAACUCAGGUGAUGGAUAAUCCAACUUCAAGGCUAACAUCUAGCUAAUGUAAAGCUGUAAUCAUAAAGGCACUUUUUAAUGAAGACUGAUUUGUGAUCUGUGCAGAAGGAAGUUAGAGGUUUACUUGUUUGUGUGUCUUUUUGCAUCUUUGGUUAAAAUGUGAAUUUUAUUCAAAUAUGAUGGUAUGAUUGACUGGCGUUAUUGAUUUAGCAAAAUAUACAUUUUCACAUGGAAAGUAAUUUCAUGUCAAACAUGUAAUUAUUAGAAUUGGGGCUAAUAUAAUCAACAGAAACAGAAUAUAAGCUUUUUGUGAAUUUCUCAGUUGAUUGUAUUUAACAUGAAGGGCCAGUUUUACUACUGGGAAACUUAACAUAAUAACGUAUACAAAUGUUCAUCUUUAUUUUAAGUAUUGAAGUUACUGCUACACUUUGUAUUUCCCAGAGAACAGGUAAAGCUCUGUGUUGUCUCAGAGGAUUGUUCUGCAGUAGUAGUGUGAGGUGAAACAUCAUCUCUACAUAGCUGAGCCAGUAUUUGUGAAGUGCUGCUGAUCACAUUGUGUGUCUCGUGCUUCAUUUUCCCAUGAAGUCUGAUGUGCAAGGCCCUGAGUGCAUGUGUCACCUCUUUGCAGACACUAGAUGGUGCUGUUUCAAUACAGUUGCUGCUGCUGAGAAUAAAGGGACCAACAAAGUCGACAGCCGGUUGCUUUUGUUGUAGCAUCAGUCAAAGUCAGGAGCUGUGAUGAGUGAAGCCUGAAGCGUCUCACAUUAACACUUGUUUUCCUCUGUGUGAUGGAUUCCUGCUGUAUUGUGAUGUUGAUAAACAUGCGAGCUAGUUCACAUGAGGAUUUUUGAAUCAUAUUUCAAAGUAGACAGCACACAGCAUGAGUUCCUCUCUGAAAUGAAGGCCUACAAAUUGUCUUCCUCCUCUGACAGAGUGUCUUUUAUAAGACUGUGCCCUGCCCUUAAUGUGAACAUGUACUGUAUUAUACUAUAUGUGUUGGUUGUGUAUUUUUAAUAAUAUUUAAUAAUAUUAAUAAAUUAAU